AUGCUGCGGCGCGCGGCGGCGGCUCUGGAGGACCUGUGCCCGGUGUGCGGGGACCGGGUGUCCGGGUACCACUACGGGCUGCUCACCUGCGAGAGCUGCAAGGGCUUCUUCAAGAGAACCGUCCAGAACAACAAGACGUACACGUGCGCGGAGAGCCGCGCGUGCGGCAUCGACGUCACGCAGAGGAAGCGGUGUCCGUCCUGCAGGUUCCAGAAGUGUCUGCACGUCGGCAUGAGGCUGGAAGCUGUUCGUGCUGAUCGGAUCCGAGGCGGCCGGAACAAGUUCGGCCCGAUGUACAAGCGAGACCGGGCCCUGAAGCAGCAGAGGGAGGCUCUGAUCCGGGCCGGAGUGUCCAGUCCACCAGGGGGCGCCUCAACCCACAGAGACUUGACCUUCGGCGCUGACCUUCAUCCAGGUCCCGCCCUCCACUGCGGCUACCAGAACCCGACACCGGGCUCUCUGCUGCCACCCGACUCACCCGGAGUCCACCGGUACCAGUGGUCCUCAAACUGGACCAUCAAGUCCGAGCACGCCGACCCCGCUGCUGAGGUCCAGUCCAGUUCUCUCUCUCCUCCAGGGAUGCCGCCCCUGGUGGUGGAGUUUGUGCGCUGCGACCCGGACGAGCUCCAGCUGCAGAACCGGAUCGCCGCUCGCCUCCUGCAGGAGAACCACGGAGAACCCAGCAGCCUGAGCCUGAUGUGCCACAUGGCCGACCAGACCCUGGUCUCCGUGGUGGACUGGGCCCGCUCCUCCAUCUUCUUCAGACAGCUGACGGUCAACGACCAGAUGAAGCUGCUGCACAGCUGCUGGAGCGACCUGCUGGUCCUGGACCUGGUCUCCAGACAGGUCCUGUAUGGCAGGGAGGGACGCCUGCUGCUGGCCACUGGGCGGGAGGUGGAUCUGGUGGAUCUGGUGGACCUGGCCUCCCGUGCCGGUCCCACUGAGGCCGGCCUGGUCCAGAGGGGUCAGGAGCUGCUGGACACGCUCCACGUCUUCAAGGUGGACCGCCAAGAGUUCGCCUGCUUCAAGUUCAUCGUGCUCUUCAACCCAGGUGUGCAGCAGCUGGAGGCCCCCCGGCUGGUGGAGUGCGUGCAGCAGCAGGCUGAAGCAGCGCUGCAGGAGUACACGCGGCGCGCCUCCUCCCACCUCCUGGGCCGCGGCGCCCAGCUGCUGCCGUGCCUGUCGGAGCUGCGCUCGCUCGCCGCCCUCGCCGAGGACUUCCUGUACGGCAAACAGCUGAGCGGCGAGGUGCCGAGCAACAACCUGCUCAUGGAGAUGCUCCACGCCAAGCGCAGCCUGAGGCCGCCAGACGGGAGCUCUGCGCUCUGCCAUUCGGUUCCUGAAGAACCUUCACACCAGGGUUCUCUAAAGAACCAAGUCCUUCAAGAGUUCUUAAAGAACCUAUAAAGGUGUCUCAAAGAACCUUCAGAACAUGGUUCUUUAAGGCACCGUUUCUGGUUCCACAAGGAACCUUUCAACCCAGGGUUCUUUAGAGAACCAUUUCCUUCAAGAGUUCUUAAAGAACCUAGCCUAUAUUGGUUCCUCAAACGAAAACAUGGUUCUUCGUAGAGCCACAAAGCCUUUAAAGAACCCUUUAAGAACCAUUAUUGUUCUGUGUGUAUCAGCAUUGAUGCGAGUGCAGUAACAUCGAGGUCCCAUCCAGA